AUGUCCGACCAACAGAACCUCGUCAAACGCGGGUAUGGCGAGAACCUCCCGGUGGAGGAGCGCCACGAAGUCUAUCCUUCCAUUGAUCCCACAGCCGCCUACACGUCGCAGCCCCUCAAAGGCAAGGCCGUCUUCAUAACCGGCGCCUCGCGCGGUAUCGGUCGCACAACCGCCGUUACGUUCGCGAAAGCAGGCGCGUCCGUGGCAGUCACUGCGCGUUCGUCUGCGGCGCUCGACGAGACAAAGGCGUUGGUGCUGAAGGCAGUGCCGGAGGCGAAAGUUGAGAAGUUUGUCGUCGACAUUGCGAAGGCGGCGGACGUCGAGGCGGCGGUCGAGAAAGCGGCGGGGAUAUUUGGGAGGCUGGAUAUUGUCAUUGCGAAUGCGGGCUAUAUCAAUCCGUUCGAUACGCCGAUGCGGGAACGCAAGUCGGCCGACUGGUGGCGCACGUUCGAAAUUAAUUUGCUCGGCACGUACAAUACCGUCCAACCGGCGUUGAAGCACCUGGUGAAAGCCGACGGCUACGUUGUGGCAGUCACCUCCAUCGGCGCGCAGCUCCGUUCGCCGAACGGCAGCGACUACCAGAUGUCGAAGCACGCACUGAACCGGUUGGUUGAGCUGAUCGCGCUUGAGAAUCCUCCCGUCAAAGCCUUCUCCAUGCACCCGGGUGGGGUAGCUACAGAGAUGGCCGAAACGAGCGGCCUCGCGGCACAGGGGGUACAGUUCGUUGAUCCUCCCGAGCUCGCAGCGGCGACCAUGCUCUAUCUUUGCACCGGAAAGGCCAACUAUCUCAAUGGCCGGUAUGUAAGCGUGAAUUGGGAUCUGGGCCAGGUUGAAGCCGAGUGGAAGGAGAAGAUCUUAGAAAAGGAUCUAUUGAUCAAUAAGCUGGACGUCGUAGCAUAG